CCACCGAUCCCGCCAGCAGCGCCCGCGUCGUCCGCAGCAGAGAAGAACUUGCCCCCAGCUCCCCUGAACGUCAUCCAGCCCUCGGAGGCAUCGGCCGAGGAAGAGGAGUUCAAGCCUCGGCCCAUCAUCCCCAUGCUGUACGUGGUUCCCCGCACCAAGAAGGUGGUGUUCGACAAGGAGCGCAUGUCCUGCCAGCAGGCGUUCGAGCAGUUCGCCACGCAGAAGAGCCCUGGCUGGCGGGAUCAGACGGUCCCCGCGGAGAUCCCUGUGAAGGAGGAGGAGAGCGCGGAGGCGGAAAGCGCCGAGGUUGCUCCAGCUGCCGCUGAUUUACAGACUGCUGCUUUUUCAAAAAUGAAGAUGGAGAUCAAGAAAAGUCGCCGUCAUCCCCUGGGCAAACCACCAACUCGCUCCCCACUGUCUGUGGUUAAACAGGAGACCUCGAGUGACGAGGAAACAUUUCCAUUUUCUGGGGAAGAAGACGUGAGUGACCCAGAGGCUUUGAAAUCUUUACUUUCCCUCCAGUGGAAGAAUAAAGCACAUAAUUUCCCAGCUGAGAGAAAAUUCAACGCGGCCGCUGCGCUGAGCGAGCCCUACUGUGCUGUGUGUACCCUCUUCUACCCCUACAACCAGUCCUUACAGAUGGAUAAAGAAGCUGCCCAGGUCUCUGGAGGAGAGGCCCCCUCCUUCCUGCACCUUUCCAAGUGUGGCCAGAAGACCAAGCCUCUGAUCCCAGAGAUGUGCUUUACCUCCAGCGGAGAAAACACAGAGCCCCUUCCUUCCAAUUCGUAUAUUGGAGAAGAUGGAACCAGCCUCUUGAUAUCCUGUGCCAAAUGCUGCCUGCAGGUUCAUGCUAGCUGUUACGGAAUACGUCCCGGUUUGGUGAACGAAAGCUGGUCGUGCUCGCGGUGCUCGGCCGGCGCGUGGGCCGCGGAAUGUUGCCUGUGCAAUCUCAGGGGAGGAGCUCUUCAGAUGACCACUGAUGGGCGGUGGAUCCAUAUAAUCUGUGCUAUCGCUGUCCCUGAGGCCCGUUUCCUCAGUGUAAUAGAGCGUCAUCCUGUGGAUAUCAGCGCUAUUCCAGAGCAAAGAUGGAAGCUGAAAUGUGUGUACUGCCGGAAGCGGAUGAAGAAGGUGUCCGGCGCCUGCAUCCAGUGCUCCUACGAGCACUGCUCCACCUCCUUCCACGUGACGUGCGCGCACGCGGCCGGCGUGCCCAUCGAGCCCGACGACUGGCCCUACGUCGUCUCCAUCACUUGCUUCAAGCACAAAGCAGCUAACCACAGUGUCCCGUUUCGGAGGGAGGUAACCCUUGGACAGACUGUGAUCACGAAGAACCGGAACGGGCUCUACUACAGGUGUAGAGUGAUUGGCAUGACAACGCAGACUUUCUAUGAAGUGAACUUUGACGAUGGUUCCUACAGCGACAACGUUUACCCAGAAAGCAUUACAAGCAGGGAUUGCCUCCAAAUGGGACCCCCUCCAGAGGGGGAGUUGGUUCAGCUGCAGUGGACGGACGGAAUCAUCUAUAAGGCCAAGUUCAUUGCAGCCCAGAUCAGCCAGAUUUAUCAGGUGGAGUUUGAAGAUGGUUCCCAACUAAUGGUAAAACGUGGUGAUAUUUAUACCUUGGAGGAAGAGCUUCCUAAGAGAGUGAAGUCUCGUCUGUCCCUGAGCACCGGGGCCCCUCAGGAAGAUGUAUUUUCGGGAGAUGAAGUGAAAGCAGCCAAGCGCCCUCGGGUGGGGAAUUCCAGGAAUCCUGAAGAUUAUGGACAAAACCCAGAUUACUUGGCCUUUAUGGAGAGCCUGUUGCAGACACAGUACCAGCCUGGGACUCAGAGCAACAUGUUUUAACCAGGAGUCGUUCAACCCGACAUUAACCCUUUCAACCCUGCAGAAAAAUAACCAGGGAACUGUGGAAUAAAAGGGCAGCCUGGUGCAAUAGCCUGCUGUGAAUUCCUUUCAUCUGCUCUUGGUUUGGGCUGCAAGAAAAUCCCGUCUGGCUACGCGCUACCUCGACUCCGCCGGACGCGUUGCUGACCAAUAGAUUA